AAUCGAGAUUGUUACAUCACAGUCGAUGGAAGCUUCCGGCUCCGGCUACCGUGAUUUACUUGCGCAGAAAGAAUAGUUCUUCCGAGGCUUUCAAGCAGCUCUUUAACUAUUUGUUUUAUUUCCCUCCUUAUCUCUCAUUCAGGAACGAUGAACGAUGCAAAAGGGACAAUUCCGCUGGCCGACAUUCCCCUGAAGUACUCGCAUAUCUUUCGAAGGAAGACCCCCUGGGAACUGGCCCUCCUUAGCGGUGCCGUGUGCGGUAUCGAGUUUUGUUACGCCGCCGAAACAGCAUUCAUCGGCCCCAUACUCCUGGAGCUCGGUUUGCCCAUCUCCGCGGUCGCCCUGACCAUGUGCCUGAGCCCCUCGCUAGGGUUCUUCGUCACCCCACUCCUGGGUUCCCUCAGCGACACCUGCCAGUGGCGCAUCGGACGCCGACGUCCCUUCAUCAUCCUGCUCUCCGUCGGAAUGUUCGCCGGACUGCUGCUCGUUCCAAACGGGAAAGAAAUCGGCAUCGCCCUCGGCGACUCGUACAGACCCCGCAACUUGAGCCUGACCGACGAAGGAGGUAGUGUCCAGCCGGCAAACUGGGGCAUCGCCUUCACCGUGGUCGGGUUUGUGCUUCUGGACAUGUGCUGUGAUGCUUGCCAGUCUCCGUCCAGGAGCUACGUCCUCGACGUCACCAUUGCGACAGAUCACGCGAGGGCCCUGACCACGUUCACGGUGCUCUCCGGUCUCGGCGGCGGCUUGGGCUACGUCAUGGGCGGUGUCAACUGGGAGGAAACAGCUAUAGGAACGAGCAUGGGAGGCCACAUCAAGACCGUGUUCGCCAUUGUCGGUGUGCUGUUUAUCAUCUGCGUCCUCAGCACAUUGACCAGUUUCCGGGAGAUGCCAUUGGCCAUCGCGAACCAAGCAGAAGCUGCGGGACUCUUCGAGAGCAAGGGCGAACACUAUACGGGGUUUAAGAACGAAGAUUCUGACGGCGAACGCGUAGAGCUGACGAAGAUGGGACCGAGCGCCAAGCUGGAAGAGUCGGAAAGCCCGAACCCGACGUUGAAAACCUACCUCAAGUCUAUCGUGUUCAUGCCCAAGUCGUUGCGGAUCUUGUGCAUAACCAACCUGUUUUGUUGGAUGUCGCUCGUGAGCUACUCUUUGUUCCUCACCGAGUUUGUCGGUGCCGUCGUGUACGAGGGCGACCCUGUGGCGCCCAAGGAGUCUGCAUCUUUCGAACUGUACCAGGAAGGCGUGCGACUCGGAUGCUUUGGCCUCGCCAUCGACUCUGUGUCCUGUGCCGCCUACUCACUUUUCAUCGAGAGACUUGUGCACAGGUUCGGCGCCAAGCGAGUGUACGUGUGGGGCCAGCUGGCGUACACGGCAGGAGUGGCGCUCAUCGCCCUGAGUCGCACCAGGGUGGCCGUGCUGCUGCUGUCGCCCACCGCGGGCCUCAUGUACGCCACCCAGUUCACCAUGCCCUUCAUCCUGGUGGCACACUACCACAGCUCGCACAUGAUGGAGCGGUCAGCGGACUGGUCCCAACGUGGCCUGGGCACGGACGUGGCCAUCGUGAGCAGCAUGAUGUUCCCGGCACAGCUGCUCCUCUCUCUAGGCGCCGGGCCGCUGGUGGGCCUGGCGGGAGGCUCGGCCACAGCCAUCAUGUACGGUGCUGCUGUACUCAGCGCCUGUGGGGCUAUCUCAGCCACCUGGGUCACCUACCACAACCUCUGAAGGAAAUGCUUCUGUGAUGCGACCAUGAAGUCGAACUUCACCAGCGACAGGGAGGCUGACAAAGUUCAAAACGUUAUUCGAACCAAAAUGCAACUCAUGGUUGUGAGCUACUAGUCCCACUAUACGUUAACAGUCAGCCAACAGCCCACUCUGUGACGUUGCGGCCAUCAGCAAGCUCAGAGAAUAUUUCCUCCGGCCCCUAACUAGCUUCAAUAUUUUGUGGUCUUAGUGAUCAGAUAAUCCCAGCUGUACAGUGUGCUGCCAUGUUGGCUCCAGCACUGUAUGUCCCUCGGCGCAUUGAAAGUCUUUGUGGCUUCGCAUAUAUUUAUGGGUGGCAAUAACCAGUCUUUCAUUAGCACAAGUCAUAAACGCUCGAUUUCACUUUCCGCCAAGCGAAACCGCUCGGAGCUCCUGUUCAGGUCAAAGUUGAAGUUUUACUUUAAGCGAUGCCUCUCAAGUGCGAUCAAGAUGCCAACAAACAGGUGUUUUAUGACACAUUUCGGAAUUUAGGAUUUUGCAGCUACUCGAUACACGACAUGUGCAACUUUUAAGUUUAUCUUCCAGUCGAAGAUAUGUGAUGUAUAUAACCCCUUUCCCACCAAACUGCCUUUCCUACUGGUCAACAGAUCAUCCUCCAAGUUCUAGUCAUAGUUCGUUAGACAAAUGAAGGGCAUGGGCCAGAUGCAUUUCGGUAACAGCAAAAAAACAGAUGGAGUGAAUGCCCAAUUAAAUAAGAUAUUGUAUAUUUCCGAUACUACUGAUAUGAUGUGUUGAUCUCUGAAAUCAGUCGCAAUUAUACUUACAAGUGACAUUCGCGCCCUCUGCUACAUUUUAUGAUGUUCCAUUUUUAUCGUGCAUACUCCUGCCCUCAAUUGCGUAUAUGGCAUCACACUGUAGGCGCAACUUGACAUACAUCUCUCUCAACUGACAUAUCCAGAGUAUUCCAAGAAAUCGGGACGCGUAUUCGGAAAGGCUCGUAGUCUAAAGACUGUUCACAGACACACUUGCGUAAGACCGACCAAAUGCGACUGCAACGUUAGUCCUUUGACGGAUCGCAAUGGCAAUGGGGUUUCAAGCCGCUUACCACCAUUGAGGCUGCGCGGACCGGUUGUCUUAAGUUCUGUCAAACAGCAUACCGAGAGCCCACUAUCGGGAGGUAUACAGGGAUGUGCAAGUUUUCUAAUACCGAAAGUCGCAAAAUGGUUUUGAAGGUACUACUUCACAGACUCGCUUAGGAUAGGUGAUGUGCAACUAUCCAAUGAAGCCGGUUCAGAAAACCUCAGAGCCGACAACCUUUACGCGGGCAGCGACGGUGGUCAGGCCUAGAUGGUAACUCCCUCAGUCAAGCCAUGUUGCAUGUGCUAAAGGUUGCCUAAGCCCAAUUGAAAGACGGGGCUCUAAUCAUUGCGUCUUCAGUUGGCCAUAGAGAAGAAACGACAUUGCCAAAGUGGUGAUGCUCAUGCAGCAGAAGGCUUCGGGCUUACACCUCCCCAAAUUCUAGAAGCGGUAUAUCGUGCAGUAAGAUUCAUUCUUAACAAUUACUCGAGGGAUGAAAGUGUCCCCCAGAUGAAAGUUUGUAUCUGAGCAGGAUCACUCUCAUACAGUUGUGGGAAAAGCAGACUGCAGACUGUAUGCGAUAAAUAACAAUAUAAAAGGGAUUAAUAAAUCGGUAUAUCUGAAACCCCCCCCCCCCCCCUUUACAUUUCAAGUAGGACGGAUCACCGGGGGAAAAAAUAUGUGAAAUAAAACGUUGCACCAUAUAUAAAGUCCUACCCCCCCUCCCCAAAAAAAAUAUAAAUAUAUAUAUAUAUAUAUAUCAGAAUAGAACGACCUGCCUGCAGAUAGGAUAUCAGCUGAUAGUGAUUCACAUUUUAACUUAAUAAACCAAAUGACUUUUUUUUAAUUUUCUGUGCCGAGACGUACUGACGUGUGACGACGCACAAUUACCGAAGUGGGGAUGAUUUUUGUUUGAUGAAAAUAUUCUGUGCUUGCAGGUGCUGAAGUGUAUAAACCCGUGCAUGUUCUUGACGUAUGUAAUUGUAAAAUUUGUGUAUUUUUAUUGUAAAACUCGCUCUCCUGCUCUAAUACUUCAGCGCUGCGGGGAUUUCUGUAAAUAAAUGAAAUAAAGUAAAUAAAUAAAAUAAGCUUUUUCCC